ACGUACCGCAGUGGCUGGGUUUCCCUACACAGACAUGGCGGCCGCCGCGAUUCAUCCUGAAGAUCACCCCUGUCAGUGAGUGACACUCCCCCUGGUGGCCGGGCACCUGCAGCCGAGCGGACGGAGUGCGUGCUCCCGGGGACCCGGCAGUAACAUUGCUUAUUAUAUAAAGGAACAUGGCAGCAGUGGGGAGAGUCAUGCGUGCGAUCCGGGUGCUGGAAUUCGGGAAACCUGAUGUUCUUAAGCUCUUCACAGAUGUCCCGCUGCCUUCCCCAGGAGACAACCAGGUUUUAAUCAGAGUUCACGCGUGUGGGGUGAAUCCGUUGGAGACUUAUAUCCGAUCGGGUGGUCAUGCCAUUAAGCCAAACCUGCCGUACACCCCUGGCUCUGACACAGCUGGCGUUGUGGAUGCAGUUGGGAGAAACGUAGCCUCAUUAAAGAAAGGCGAUCGUGUGUUCACCACGGGGACCAUCACAGGCGGGUACGCGGAAUACACCGUGGCGGCUGAAGAUACCGUUUUCCCUCUGCCCGAGAAGCUGAACUUCAAACAAGGAGCCGCCCUGUCUAUUCCGUACUUCACUGCCUACCGGGCGCUCUUCACCAAAGCGCACGGCAGACCCGGGGAGGUGGUUCUGGUGCACGGUGCCAGCGGGGGAGUGGGGAUUGCAGCUUGUCAGAUUGCCAGAGCCUACGGCUUCAAGGUGUUUGGGACAGCAGGGAGCGCCGAGGGGUUAGACAUCGUUUUGCAAAAUGGGGCCCACAAAGUGUUCAACCACAGAGAGAAAGAUUACAUUGAGAAGAUCCAGGAGGCUGCCGGAGAAGACGGAGUAAAUAUUAUAUUAGAGAUGUUGUCCAACGUCAAUCUCAGCAAUGACCUGAAACUCCUGUCAGUUGGCGGCAGAGUUAUGGUCAUUGGCUGCAGAGGUCCUAUAGAAAUAAACCCGAGAGAUACAAUGGGCAAAGAAUCCAGUAUAAUCGGAGUGACAGUGCUCCGAUCAGCUACGGAGGACUGGAAGGAGGCCGGGGCAGCGCUGAUUGGGGGCAUGGAGGCUGGCUGGCUGAAUCCACUGAUUGGACCUGAGUAUCCCCUGGAGAAAGCCCCACAGGCCCAUGAGGACAUCAUAGAGAGUAGCGGAGCCACCGGCAAGAUGGUCUUUGUGCUCUAAGCGGAUACCACGGCCUGAGGACUGCAAUGGUGAUUAGUAAUAUAUAUCACACAGAGCACUAAAUAAAAGCAGGGACUGGAGGACGGAGUCUGGUGUAACAAUCUCUUAUGUUUGAUUACCUCACAAUUCUGGGAUCACUCAGUAAAUGCAAACUAUAGAGAAUAAAUCAAAAAAUAUUCUUAA